CUCUCAAUAUGAACUCUACAAUCUCGCAGGAUCUCCAAGGUUAUUAGUCGUGUGUGCGGCGGUCGCGGUGGUCGUGACUAGGGUGCUGCAGUCGUGACUUUCGCCUUCAGUAAGGCAGGAGCUUGAGAGCAUUGCAGUUAUUUGAGGCCACGAUGGAUCAAGCCAGGACAACAAUUUCAAAAAUUUUCAAUGGGGAGCCACGCUCCUACACUCGCUUUAACCUGACCCAGAACAUGGAGGGUGACAACAGCCAAGUGGAGAUGAAGCUGUCAUCUGAUAUGGAUGAGGAAGUGGAGGCUAAUGGUGUUGGGGAAACCAUAAACCAACAUAAUCGUCCGUAUCACCCCAGCAAACUGAACCAGCGUUCUCCCAAAACCGUCUGCGGAUUUGUCAUCGGCAUUCUGUUCCUCUUCAUUAUUGGAUACCUCAUUGGUUACCUGUCUAAUCGAAGCACAGAGAAAACAGAAAUCAAGCCAGAUUGUCCGGUCUCUAAUGAGUUUGCCCCAGUGGUAGCAGAACCAGUUUAUUCAUUAGACUGGAGUGAUCUCAAGGCAUUGCUAAAAAAGAAACUGACAACUGCCAACAUUAACAGCAACCUCAAGGAAUUCUCUAGUACCAGUCACCAGGCAGGAAGCACAGGAGAUGAGGCACUUGCUAAUAAAAUCAUAGGGAAGUUCAAAACUUUUGGAAUGAGUACCUGGACUGAUGAGCACUAUGUGAAAAUCCAUGAGCCUAGUUCCUCAAAUAACAGAGUCCAGUUCCGUGGCAACGAUGUGGGAACAACUGAGGGCUACUUGGCAUACAGUGCAGUUAAAACAGUGCAGGGUGCAGCUCGGUAUGCCCAUUAUGGACGAGCAGAGGACUUCAGGCGCCUACAGGAGCUGAAUGUUGAUGUGAAUGGAAGGGUUGUCUUGGUCAGAGCUGGACUUUUAAGUUUCGCUGAAAAGGUUGCAAAUGCUGGUAGGUUGAAUGCUAGUGCUGUGCUAAUUUAUCCAGAUCCUGUAAACUACAGUAUUAGAGAAAACACUGCUCUUUUUGGACAUGUCCAUCUUGGCACUGGUGAUCCUUACACUCCAGGAUUCCCUUCCUUCAAUCAUACCCAGUUUCCCCCGGCUCAGUCUUCUGGUUUGCCCAGCAUUCCGGCCCAAACUAUAACCAUAGGACAGGCUGCUGAGAUCAUGAGCAAGUUAGGUGGUCGUCCUUCCCCUGAUGGCUGGAGUGAUGGGAUGCUUCGGAAUACCGUGUACAAUCUCGGCGAUGAUGGCGAUACUAUUACAGUUGAAGUAAACAAUGAUCUUGUUCAGAAAAAAAUCCACAAUGUGUUUGGAGUCAUUAAAGGUUAUACGGAUGCAGAUCGUUAUAUGGUGAUCGGAGCCCAGCGAGAUGCAUGGGGCCCUGGAUUUGCCAGAAGCACAGUUGGCACUAGUUUACUGGUGGAGUUGGCCAGAACUAUCACAGACAUGAUCAAAAAUGAUGGAUUCAAGCCAAAGAGGAGCAUCAUUUUUGCUAGCUGGAGUGCUGGUGAAUUUGGGAGCGUUGGGGCCACCGAGUGGUUGGAGGGCUACCUGACCUCCUUGAAUUUGAAAAUGUUUUCUUACAUCAGCCUUGAUGAAGUUAUUUCAGGGGCUGACUCUUUCAAAGCAACUUCCAGUCCACUGCUGUAUGACUUACUAGAGAGCACUAUGAAACAGGUCUCGUCUCCAGUUGAUGCAACCAAAUCCUUGCAUGAACAGUUUGCUGGAUCCAACUGGGAGAAGUCUGUAAUGGAGCCAAUGGGUUUGUCUCACUCUGUUUAUCCAUUCCAGACCUUCUCGGGCAUCCCGUCACUUUCAUUUCGAUUUACUUCGACUUCAAAGUCAUACCCUUAUGGAACUAUUGAAGAUACCGAACAAAAUCUGGAACGGUACACUUCCUACAACACUCUGAAACUCGCCAAGACCUCAGGUGAGGUGGUCGGACUGGUUACGCUUCGCCUGGUGCAUGACCACCUGCUUAAGAUGAAUGUAGCAAAGUAUACCGGUGUCAUCCGCAACUAUGUGUCUCAAAUCAGGUCUAAAGUUGAAUCACGCCAAAUGUCGGGCCGCCUUCCUUCAACUGUUACAAUGCAGUGGCUUCUAUCAGCUCAGGGGUCAUACAAUCGUGCUGCCACUGCCCUUCUUUCAGCCAUCCGGAACAGUGAUCUUGAAGACAUGGAGCAAUGUCGCAUCAUCAACAAUCGCAUUAUGAGGGUGGAAGGCAGUCUUCUCUCUCCCUAUGUGUCUCCGCGGCAGAGUCUAUUCCGGCACAUACUGCUUGGCUCUGGAUCACACACUCUGGCAGCUCUGGUGGAUCACCUUGAAGCUAUUAAAGGAGGGCUUGAAUCUGCUGACAUUGACCAAUUCAAGAAUCAGUUUGCUCUUGCCACCUGGACUAUCCAGGGCUGUGCCAAUGCAUUGGCAGGGGAAGUAUGGGAUAUGGAUAAUGAAAUUUAGACAAGCAGAUUUGGCUCAUUUCUUUAACUAUGUGAUAACUUUGAAUCAUCACUCAAGGAAAAAAAGGAAAAUUAAAGCAGAAAAUGAUUUUGGUGCUCUAUUAACACAAGUUUAUAGUUAGAGUUUUACCUCAGUAUUUACAGCAAUAGUUGACCCAAAAAUUUAACACGGUCAUCAUUUAUUCACCUUCAUAUGAUUGCAGUCCUCUCCUGUGAAACGCAAAAAAAAACAAAAAAAAAGAAAAAAGAAAAAGAUAUUUGAAGAAUGUAUUGGUCACUCUUCACCAAACUUUGAAAAGGCACAAGGGCAUAAAAUGAAAGUGUCUCAUAUUACUUGUGGUAUAAUUCGUCCUUUGAAUCCAUAAAGAUCAAAAUUCAUAAGGAGCUAGACUGACAUUGAGGUAACUAACCCUCUAUUCCUUUAAGAUCUAACAAAUUUGGAAAGUGUUACUAGUUUAUUUUCAACAUUUUCAGACUCCUUUUAGGAACUUCUUGCAUAAUACCUGAACAGUCUGAAUUUAAAGGAGUUUUUUUUUUUUUUUUUUCAUACAGCCUCCAGUUAGACAAUCAGCCAUUGUUUUGUUUGUAACUUAACUUACCUGUGAUCAUAAAACAUCUGGAAAGCACAGUAUUUUUUCCAAUUUUCUGGUAGGAUACGCUUUUUCAGGGGCUUUUCAGAUCAGUUCUGUCAAAUAAUAUAAAGAGGCUUUCCUGUGUGGCUCUGAAAUUUCUAUUUAUUAGUUUUUUAUUUAUCAGUGACAGGGAUCACUAUAAAUAUCAUUUUGUAACGCCUUUUUUAACAAAUGUAUAAUUAUCGGAAGCAGUGCCUUCCAUAAUUAUGACAGUUAUACUGUCGAAAUGUCAAAGCAGCAUCUGCUAUGGAGAUAACCUUGUUUUCAAAAGCUAUUUGCCAGAGACUACACAUUGUAUUUCUUAAAUGAUAGUUUAAAAAAAAGCUGUUAAAUUACUUGUAUGCAUCAGUCUUUGGUAUCCUCCUUUUGAAUCAAUGUUAUAACUGAUCCAGAAUCAUUAUCGGAAGCAGUGCCUUCCAUAAUGCAAAGAUGAUGGUAGUUUUUGCCUACCGAUGUGUUGAUAUCGAGGGCAGUGCCCCUCAUAUUUCACUGUGGUGUGGAUGUAAUUAUUGGGAACAGUGUUUCCCAUGAUGAUGUACAAAAUCAUCUAUUCACACACUCUUACCAUAGUAGUUAUCUAUUGUAAGUCAUGUAAUCUAUUGUCAGUUUUUCAUACACCAUCAAGUGCUGUUACCUUCUUUAGCCUUGGAUUAAUCAAAUGUGGAGUGGGUGAGGAUCACAGCAGAGAUUAAAAACUAUAAAAACAUUCUCUGUACGAUCCUGUCAUUGGCUUCUAUAAGAUUCUGUUCUGUUCUCUUAUUCGGUUUUUGUAUUUCUUUUGUUUUUGGUGUAUUUACUUAUUUGUGCCUUGUAGAUUAUGAUGAAGCUUCUAAAAUACUUUUUUUCCCCUUCUCUUUGUUCUUUUCUUUGUGUGUAUUUAACUUCACUCUUGCUGUUUUACUUGCAAAUCAAAGUGAGAUUAAAUUACAAACUAUUCAUCUGUUCA